AUGAUUCGCACAGGAGUUGGGCUUGCGAAUGGGGUGGACGCUUAUACUCACUUCAAAUACCGUUAUCAAACUAAUCCCAGAAGCCAGCGGGAGCUUGUCCUGUAUUUCACACUUAGGCUAAAAGCUGCCAGCGCGUUCACUGUCUCUCUGCCGCAGGUGGUGAACUACGAGUCGCCGAGGGGCAGCGUCUCCGUGCUCAAGGAGGAGGACAACGUUUCCCGCAGCUCCCUCAUAAUACACGAAGCCCAGCCAUCAGACACAGGGAAUUAUACUUGUUCACCGUCCAACGCUGAUGGCACUUCUCUUCGUGUGCAUGUGUUCAGUGGUGACCCCCCCGCCGCCAUGCAGACCAACGGAGGUGUGGCUCUUUUAGCCCCGCCCUUCGGCCACGCCUUUUAUACCUGCCUCGUAGGGGGACUUUUCCUGACGCUGCUUACGGAGGACCUGCUGCUGCCGGGGACCUUCAGGGGCGGCGGGGAGGCCUAGGACACAAGGCCCGCCCCUGACGACAUCAGCCUUCUCCCGUCACUGACUCGUUGGAGUGUAUGAACUGCAAUCUGUACAAACUCCACAUUACGUGCACUCCGAUGAGAUCCCCUUAGACAGUGUCCCGUGCAAGGUCUGACUGCGUUCUCCUGUGUAUGUAUGUGCGUGUGUCUUUGUUGAAGAGCCUUGUCUACACAUUUGC